AGCAGCCCGAGCAUCAGCGAGAGUAGCUGCGAGAAGCCGCGGCGCGUCGGUGCAGUUGCGCCAUCUGUCAGGAGCGCAGCCGGCGGGGAGGGGGCUCCGCGGAGAGGAGGAGGGGUCGCCGUGCGCCGGGCCUCCGAGACCCGCCCGCUGAUCAAGAGCUCAGCGAGGCCGCCUCUAGCCGGAGCGUUUCGAGGACUCCCCGGGCGCACACAAAGCCGCCACCCGCGCCAGGGAGGGACCGGGCUGCCGGGCCGGGGACACCGGCGCCGCCCCCUCGGCGCUUCGCGAGGCCCACGAGCUCCUGGGCCCCGCCGCGGAGCCGCGGGAGCCGCCUGGGCCGCGCCGGAGGAGGGCGGGGAGAGGACCAUGUGAAUGUGCUCCGGAGCUGAGCGCCAAGCCACGCAGUGUUUGAAAGGAACAGGAUGCUGAUCUAGUCGUGGCAAAAAGUCAGUCCAACCGCUCGUUUCGAAGACAUGUGGUGUAUAUAAAGUUUGUGAUAGUUGGUGGAAAUUUGGGAGCUUGGAUAAUGGGCUGUGUGCAAUGUAAGGAUAAAGAAGCAGCGAAACUGACAGAGGAGAGGGACGGCAGCCUGAACCAGAGCUCUGGGUACCGCUAUGGCACAGACCCCACCCCUCAGCACUACCCCAGCUUCGGAGUGACCUCCAUCCCGAACUACAACAACUUCCACGCAGCUGGGGGCCAGGGACUCACCGUCUUUGGGGGUGUGAACUCCUCCUCCCACACUGGGACCCUGCGCACGAGAGGAGGGACAGGAGUGACACUGUUUGUGGCACUUUAUGACUAUGAAGCACGGACAGAAGAUGACCUGAGUUUUCACAAAGGAGAAAAAUUUCAAAUAUUGAACAGCUCGGAAGGAGACUGGUGGGAAGCCCGCUCCUUGACAACUGGGGAAACUGGUUACAUUCCCAGCAAUUACGUGGCUCCAGUUGACUCCAUCCAGGCAGAAGAGUGGUACUUUGGAAAACUUGGCCGCAAAGAUGCUGAGAGACAGCUCCUGUCCUUUGGAAACCCAAGAGGUACCUUUCUUAUCCGCGAGAGCGAAACCACCAAAGGUGCCUACUCACUUUCCAUCCGUGAUUGGGAUGAUAUGAAAGGGGACCACGUCAAACAUUAUAAAAUCCGCAAGCUUGACAAUGGUGGAUACUAUAUCACAACGCGGGCCCAGUUUGAAACUCUUCAGCAGCUGGUGCAGCACUACUCAGAGAGAGCCGCAGGUCUCUGCUGCCGCCUAGUAGUUCCCUGUCACAAAGGGAUGCCAAGGCUUACCGAUCUGUCUGUCAAAACCAAAGAUGUCUGGGAAAUCCCUCGAGAAUCCCUGCAGUUGAUCAAGAGACUGGGAAAUGGGCAGUUUGGGGAAGUAUGGAUGGGUACCUGGAACGGAAACACAAAAGUAGCCAUAAAGACCCUUAAGCCAGGCACCAUGUCUCCGGAGUCCUUCCUGGAGGAGGCGCAGAUCAUGAAGAAGCUGAAGCACGACAAGCUGGUGCAGCUCUACGCGGUCGUGUCUGAGGAGCCCAUUUACAUCGUCACGGAGUACAUGAGCAAAGGAAGUUUGCUUGACUUCUUAAAAGAUGGUGAAGGAAGAGCUCUGAAGUUGCCAAACCUUGUGGACAUGGCGGCACAGGUUGCUGCAGGAAUGGCUUACAUUGAGCGCAUGAAUUAUAUCCACAGAGAUCUGCGAUCAGCAAACAUUCUAGUGGGGAAUGGACUCAUUUGCAAGAUUGCUGACUUUGGAUUGGCUCGGUUGAUUGAAGACAAUGAAUACACAGCAAGACAAGGUGCAAAGUUUCCCAUUAAGUGGACGGCCCCCGAAGCGGCCCUGUAUGGAAGGUUCACAAUCAAGUCUGACGUGUGGUCUUUCGGAAUCUUACUCACAGAGCUGGUCACCAAAGGAAGAGUGCCAUACCCAGGCAUGAACAACCGGGAGGUGCUGGAGCAGGUGGAGAGAGGCUACAGGAUGCCCUGCCCACAGGACUGCCCCAUCUCCCUACACGAGCUCAUGAUCCACUGCUGGAAAAAGGAUCCAGAAGAGCGGCCCACCUUCGAGUACUUGCAGGGCUUCCUGGAGGACUACUUUACGGCCACAGAGCCCCAGUAUCAGCCCGGUGAAAACCUGUGAGAGCCUGCGCUUCAGACGCCUCGUCCCGGAGGCCUCCCUACCCCUCCCCAUUAGCUUCCAGUUCUGUAGCCAGCUGCCCCAGAGCAGCGAGAACCGUCCAGGAUCAGAUUGCAUGUGACUCUGAAGCUGCACUUCCACGGCCCUCAUUAAUGACACUUGUCCCCGUCCGAUCCUCCUCUGUGAGCCCUCCGAGACAGAAGCGCACUUGUCCCCCAUCCAGUCCUCCUCUGUGAACCCUCCGAGACAGAAACGCGUUAUUUCUCAGACUCGGAAAUGCAUUGUAUCGAUGUUAUGUCAGAGGCCAAACCUCUGUUCCGUGUAAAUAGCUGCUCCUGUGCCAACAAUCCCAGUGCUUUCCUUUUUUAAAAAAGAAAAAGCAAAUCCUAUGUGAUUUUAACUCUGUCUUCACCUGAUUCAACUAAAAAAAAAAAAGUAUUAUUUUCCAAAAGUGGCCUCUUUGUCUAAAACAAUAAAAUUUUUUUUCAUGUUUUAACAAAAAACGAUCAGGACAGGUGUUUGGGUUUUUUUUUUUCCUUUUUUAUACCUAUGAUAUAUAUGUUAACAUAUGUUCCUGUACAUACACCAUGUGGGUGCUACCAUGGAGACUGGCCAGCGUAGGCCACGUAGCUACAGAACCAGAGUGAGGAUGACUACAGAACCCUGCCAGCGAGGCACUGCUAUCAUCCUGCGAGCCGGUGGCCUCCUUUUUUGACUUCUACGAAGCAUGAUGUCCCCCUCCAUUUGGAUUGCACUUUUUUGGUUCCUAAUCAUACCUGUAGAUUGUUCAUGUGACAUUUUUCCGGUCCCAGGGCCUAGUCACAAGUUUUAGUGCCAGUUUUUGCUCCAGCGAACUGUGAUUCGUUCUUGAAACUUAGGAGUGAGCAUGUUUAAGCAAAAAGCAGCCACCAGUUCUACCACAAAAGGGCUGCAAGACGGAGACCACACAAACUUGCUGUAUAAAUAUGAAUGCCGAAGGGUUCACGUGUUUUCCUUUUAUUUAAUAAAUCUUGUAACCACGUUUAAAUGGUCUAAACCCAUAGCACUGUAGUCAUGGCAACCUACUAAACUUUCUCAUGCAACUAAAAAUUACGGGGAAGGCAAGGGUGGGGGGUUGUACACGUCCCAUUGUAAAAUAAGUGUUUUAUUGUCCUGUACUGCUAAUGAAUGAGUCUCCGCGUUAGGAGUACUCCAGUGAAUAACUAUGCACUACUUUACAUUUCAUGGGGGUGCACAAAAAAAAGUAUUACAGUUUUAGUUGCUAUUUGUACCAACCUCGAAUUACGUAUGUUUAACAACAAAUCAAUUCCUAUUUCUAUUGAGUUUUUUAAUACUGACUAGCAAUUCUGAAGUCUUAAUUCCUUUUUUUUGUUAAUGAUUUAUUUGUGAGUUUACAUUUUUAAAUUGUUUAACUUUCCUAAUUUAGUAAUUAAAAAGAGAGCAUUUUACAUUUGA